AUGUCCAUCCCAACGGAAACGAAUCCAAAACCGUAUGGCUCAGCGGAAAUUUCGUUCCCGCUAAUGAUUUCUUAUCUGCAUAUAGGCGAAAAAGCAAAAGCCCGGAAACAAUCACAUCCUCCAGACAAUCAGACGGGUGGUAUUGGCAAUGAAAAAAGCCACGACGGACCCUCGAAUCUGCCGUCUUCAACAAUAGACCCAGAGCCCCACGAUAACGGCUAUGCAUGCUUGACGUCGGAUAAUCAUCUCGGACCUUUGUCUGCAUUCACCUGCAGCAUGCUAGGCAUCCCAGACCAAGAUGUACAAUACAACCAGAACGCUUUCGAAGGUGCUGCUUUCACACUUCCGAAAAGUAUCAAAGAUACGCCACAUAAUUUGCAGACAUCAAAUGUUGAAGAGCAAUUACAGGCUUUCAGGCCUUGUCCUCCUACCGAAGUUGAUUUCGGUAUCCUACCCGAUCCCGAGCUUGCAUUCUUCGGAAACGUGCAAGACCAACAGAAAGGGCAACGUCCAGUAGAACGGCAUAGGCACAGAUCUGCGAUUGAUAGUUGUGAAUGUGACCGUACUAUCAAGGGACUUCUUGAAACACCGAAGCACGCCCACCGAAUUGUUCAAUAUCAAAGAGCCAAGUUAUUAGACCAAGUUGAACAGCUUCUCGACAAAGUUGAAUCUCUAUACGAUGUCGGCAUCUCUCUUGAAGUUCUGAUGGACAACAACCAUCUUCGAGAUCUUCUUCAGAGAGCGAUGGCUGGAUUUCGUUCCCAGCGGGAUUCGGAAACACACAAUCGUGGUGAUGAACUUAGUUUAAUAAAAUAG